UCCCAGACUCGGCUGAUGGCCGCCCCUCCGCGCGCCCCCGCGCCCUCGGGUCUCCCUCCAUCGCUGGCUGCGUCCGGGCGCCCGUGUCGCCGCCCCUCGUCCGGCCCCGCACUCCCCGGCUUCCUGGAGCCCCGGGCCCGAGAAGGCUCCGGGUGGGGACGGGCUGGGGGUGUCGCCACCCCUCCCGACGUCAGAGGCGCCCUGGGCCGAGCGGUCGCCAGCGCGGGGGGCGGGCCGGCUCCCGGGGCUCCUGCAUCCCCGCCCCGCCCCGGGCCCCGGGCGCCCGGCCGGAUGGGCUGCACGGUGAGCCUGGUGUGCUGCGAGGCGCUGGAGCCCGGGGCCCCCGGCGGCCCCCAGCCCCCGGGGAGCCCCCCGGCCCCGGCGCCGGCAGAGUGCCGGGAGCCCGGGGAGUCCGUCCGCGCUGAGAGCAGGCAGCGGCUGCUUCAGGUAGGGCGCUGCGGGGGAGCGGGGGCGCCCCGAGCUCGGGAGCGGGUGGCGGGCAGUCCAGCUCACCUGAGACAGCUUACAAGCCAUUUCACUGGGGGACUGUCCUCGAUUGGGUCGGUCUGGCGCCUCCUCGUGACCAGGUUCGCUGGCUCUCCGGCGGGCCCAGCAGGGACGAUGCCCGCUCCUGGCCUCCCCCGGCGCACGGUGCUGCUGGUGACGGUCGCUUUAUCGCUGGAUACACCAGAGGACCUGGACGCCCCCAAGACGCACCACUUCAAGGUGAAGACCUUCAAGAAGGUGAAGCCCUGUGGCAUCUGCCGACAGGCCAUCACCCGCGAGGGCUGCACCUGCAAAGUCUGCAGCUUCUCCUGUCAUCGGAAAUGCCAGGCCAAGCUUCUUGCCAGCCACCGCCGCGGCCCCGUCACUGCCCACUGCCCCUGUCCUGGAGCCCAGACGCCCAGCCUGCCCAGUAGCUCCUCUGCCAGAAAGGUGGCUGCCCCUUGCGUUCCUCCGUCCAGCCAUGAACUGGUGGUGAGUGACACUUGGCUCCCUGCCCUGCAGCCCCGCCUCCCCUCUCUCCUCAGCCCCCGCCGGCUGGCGAGCCUGCUGGUAGCCCCCAAGGUUCUGGGCCCUGAGCCCGUCAACGCCGAGAGUGCACCAAAGAAUGUAGUGGACACGGGAGAAGGAGUCUUCCGGGGUGGAAACACACGGAAAAGCCUUGAAGAAGACGGCUCCGCCAGAGUCCCCCUCAGUGUCCAGCCCCAUCCCCAGCCCAUCAGAAACAUGAGUGUGAGCCGAACCCCUGAGGACAGCUGCGAGCUGGACCUGGUGUACGUCACGGAGAGGAUCAUUGCCGUCUCCUUCCCCAGCACAGCCAAUGAGGAGAACUUCCGGAGCAACAUCCGCGAGGUGGCCCAGAUGCUCAAGUCCAAACACGGAGGCAACUACCUGCUUUUCAACCUCUCUGAGCGGAGACCUGACAUCGCCAAGCUCCAUGCCAAGGUCCUGGACUUUGGCUGGCCUGACCUCCACACCCCAGCCCUGGAGAAGAUCUGCAGUGUCUGCAAGGCCAUGGACACCUGGCUCAACGCAGACCCCCACAAUGUCGUCGUUUUACACAACAAGGGAAACCGGGGCAGGAUAGGUGUUGUCAUCGCGGCUUACAUGCACUACAGCAACAUUUCUGCCAGUGCCAACCAGGCCCUGGACCGGUUUGCAAUGAAGCGGUUCUACGAGGAUAAGAUUGUGCCCAUUGGCCAGCCAUCCCAGAGAAGGUACGUGCAUUACUUCAGCGGCCUGCUCUCUGGCUCCAUCAAAAUGAACAACAAGCCCUUGUUUCUGCACCACGUGAUCAUGCACGGCAUCCCCAACUUCGAGUCUAAAGGAGGGUGUCGGCCGUUUCUCCGCAUCUACCAGGCCAUGCAGCCCGUUUACACAUCUGGCAUCUACAACGUCCAAGGAGACAGCCAGACCAGCAUCUGCAUCACCAUCGAGCCUGGGCUGCUCUUGAAGGGAGACAUCUUGCUGAAGUGCUACCACAAGAAGUUCCGGAGCCCAGCCCGAGACGUCAUCUUCCGUGUGCAGUUCCACACCUGCGCCAUCCAUGACCUGGGGGUUGUCUUCGGGAAGGAGGACCUUGAUGAUGCCUUCAAAGAUGAUCGAUUUCCAGAAUAUGGCAAAGUGGAAUUUGUCUUUUCUUAUGGACCAGAGAAAAUUCAAGGCAUGGAACACCUGGAGAACGGGCCGAGUGUGUCCGUGGACUAUAACACCUCCGACCCUCUCAUCCGCUGGGAUUCAUAUGACAACUUCAAUGGCCCUCGGGAUGAUGGCAUGGAGGAGGUGGUGGGACACACCCAGGGGCCACUGGACGGGAGUCUAUAUGCCAAGGUGAAGAAGAAGGACUCGCUGCACGGCAGCACCGGGGCCGUCAACGCCACGCGGCCGGCCCUGUCGGCCACCCCCAACCACGUGGAGCACACCCUGUCCGUGAGCAGUGACUCGGGCAAUUCCACAGCCUCCACCAAGACAGACAAGACCGAUGAGCCUGGCCCCGGCCCCUCCGGUGCCCCUGCUGCCCUGAGUCCCGAGGAGAAGCGUGAGCUGGACCGCCUGCUCAGCGGCUUCGGCUUGGAGCGGGAGAAGCAAGGCGCCAUGUACCACGCCCAGCAUCUCCGGUCCCGCCCGGCAGGGCGCCCUGCUGCACCCUCUUCUGGCCGCCACGUCGUCCCAGCCCAGGUUCACGUCAACGGCGGGGCCUUGGCAUCUGAGCGGGAGACAGACAUCCUGGACGAUGAGCUGCCCAACCAGGAUGGGCACAGCGUGGGCAGCAUGGGCACACUGUCCUCCCUGGACGGGGUCACCAACACCAGUGAGGGGGGCUACCCAGAGGCUAUGUCCUCACUCACCAACGGCCUGGACAAGCCCUACCCUGUGGAACCUAUGGUCAAUGGUGGGGGCUACCCCUAUGAGUCUGCCAGCCGGGCAGUGCCAGCCCAUGCUGGCCACACGGCCCCCAUGCGGCCCUCCUACUCCACACAGGAGGGUUUAGCUGGCUACCAGCGAGAGGGGCCCCACCCAGCCUGGUCUCAGCCAAUGACCACCUCUCCCUAUGGCCAUGACCCCAGCGGUAUGUUCCGCUCUCAGUCCUUUCCAGAAGCUGAGCCCCAGCUGCCCCCAGCUCCAGCCCGAGGGGGAAGCAGCCGGGAGGCUGUGCAGAGGGGCCUGAGUUCCUGGCAGCAGCAGCAGCAGCAGCAGCAGCAGCAGCAGCAGCAGCCGCCGCUGCAGCAGCCUCGCCCACCUCUUCGCCAGCAGGAAAGGGCCCACUUGGAGAGUCUCGGGCUCAGCAGGCCCAGCCCCCAGCCAUUGGCAGAGACCCCCAUGCCUGGCCUCCCGGAGUUCCCAAGGGCGGCCUCCCAGCAGGAAAUUGAGCAGUCCAUCGAAACCCUCGACAUGCUGAUGCUGGAUCUGGAGCCAGCCGCGGCUGCCGCCCCCCUGCACAAGUCCCAGAGCGUCCCGGGGGCCUGGCCGGGGGCUUCCCCGCUCUCCUCGCAGCCCUUCUCCGGCUCCUCCUGCCAGUCCCAUCCACUGACGCAGUCCAGAUCUGGCUACAUCCCCAGUGGGCAUUCCUUGGGAACCCCUGAGCCAGCCCCACGGGCCUCUCUAGAGUCCGUCCCUCCUGGCAGACCCUACUCACCUUAUGAUUAUCAGCCGUGUCCAGCUGGGCCCAACCAGAGUUUCCGUCCAAAGAGCCCAGCCUCCUCGUCUUCCUCGUCUGCCUUCCUUCCAACUGCCCAGGGUCCUCCAGGGCCUCAGCAGCCCCCGGCCUCGCUCCCUGGCCUCACCGCUCAGCCUCAGCUCCCACCGAAGGAGGUGGCUUCAGACCCAUCCAGAACUCCGGAGGAGGAGCCACUGAACCUGGAGGGGCUGGUGGCCCACCGGGUAGCAGCGUACAAUGCUAAACUGGAGGGCAUCGGGCGCAGUGGCAGCUUCUGGCACCCUCCUCCCCACCGGCUCCGAUCUGCCUCCCUCUCUGGGGUGCAGGCUCGGGAGAAGCAGCCUGCAGAGCCCCCGGCCCCUCUCCGGAGGCGGGCGGCCAGCGAUGGACAGUAUGAGAACCAGUCUCCAGAACCCCCAUCCCCCCGUAGCCCUGGGGUCCGCUCGCCAGUCCAGUGCGUCUCCCCGGAGCUGGCUCUCACCAUCGCUCUCAAUCCUGGAGGGCGGCCCAAAGAGCCGCAUCUGCACAGCUACAAGGAGGCCUUCGAGGAGAUGGAGGGAACCUCCCCGAGCAGCCCACCACCCAGUGGGGUGCGCUCCCCUCCAGGUCUGGCCAAGACUCCCCUGUCUGCUCUGGGCCUGAAGCCCCACAACCCAGCAGACAUCCUGCUGCACCCCACGGGCGUCACCAGAAGACUGAUCCAGCCAGAGGAAGAGGAGGGGAAGGGGGUGACGGAGGCCUCCGCAGAGCCCCGGAGCUAUGUCGAGUCGGUGGUGCGGACGGCAGUGGCUGGGCCCCGAGUUCAGGAUCCUGAGCCCAAGAGCUUUAGUGCCCCCGCCGCUCAGGCCUAUGGCCACGAGACGCCCCUGAGGAACGGGACCCUGGGCGGCUCCUUUGUGUCCCCCAGCCCCCUCUCCACUAGCAGCCCCAUCCUCAGCGCCGACAGCACUUCAGUGGGGAGUUUCCCAUCAGGCGAGAGCAGUGACCAGGGCCGCCGGACACCCACACAGCCUCUGCUGGAUUCUGGCUUCCGCUCCGGCAGCCUGGGCCAGCCCAGCCCUUCAGCCCAGAGAAGCUUCCAGAGCCCUUCUCCUCUUGCAACCGUGGGCAGCAGCUACAGCAGCCCCGACUACUCACUUCAGCAGUUCAGCUCCCCGGAAAGCCAGGCCCCGUCUCAGUUCAGCGUGGCCAGCGUCCACACGGUGCCCGGGAGCCCACAGGCACGCCACAGGACAGUGGGCACCAACACGCCCCCUAGCCCUGGCUUCGGCCGCCGGGCCGUCAACUCUGGCAUGGCUGCCCCUGGCAGCCCCAGUUUGAGCCACCGCCAGGUGAUGGGUCCACCAGGAACUGGUUUCCAUGGUAACACCAUCUCCAGCCCCCAGGGCAGUGCAGCGACCACGCCAGGGAGCCCCAGCCUGGGCCGGCAUCCGGGGGCCCACCAGGUUUCAGGUCUCCACAGCAAUGUGGCCACCACUCCAGGGAGCCCCAGCCUGAGCCGGCACCCUGGGGCCCACCAGGCCUCAGGCCUCCAUGGCAACGUGGUGACCACUCCAGGGAGCCCCAGCCUGGGCCGGCACCCUGGGGCCCAUCAAGGCAACCUUGCCUCCGGUCUCCAUGGCAAUGCCAUAGCCAGCCCCGGCAGCCCCAGCCUGGGCCGGCACCUGGGAGGCUCUGGGUCUGUGGUUCCCGGCAGCCCCAGCUUGGACCGGCACGUGGCCUAUGGCGGCUACUCUACCCCUGAGGACCGGAGACCCACGCUGUCCCGGCAGAGCAGUGCCUCCGGCUACCAGGCUCCUUCCACGCCCUCCUUCCCUGUGUCCCCUGCCUUCUACCCCGGCCUGAGCAGCCCUGCCACCUCCCCGUCGCCGGAUUCAGCAGCCUUCCGGCAAGGGAGCCCAACACCAGCCUUGCCGGAGAAGCGGAGGAUGUCGGUGGGAGACCGAGCGGGCAGCCUCCCCAACUACGCCACGGUCAACGGGAAGGUGUCCUCCUCGCCUGUCGCCAGCGGCAUGUCCAGUCCCAGUGGAGGCAGCACCGUCUCCUUCUCCCACACUUUGCCUGACUUCUCCAAGUACUCCAUGCCAGACAACAGCCCCGAGACGCGGGCCAAGGUGAAGUUCGUCCAGGACACUUCCAAGUAUUGGUACAAACCUGAGAUCUCCAGGGAGCAGGCCAUCGCACUCCUGAAGGACCAGGAGCCCGGAGCCUUCAUCAUCCGGGACAGCCACUCCUUCCGAGGAGCCUAUGGGCUGGCCAUGAAAGUGUCUUCCCCGCCUCCGACCAUCAUGCAGCAGAAUAAGAAAGGGGACAUGACCCAUGAGCUGGUGAGGCACUUCCUGAUAGAGACUGGCCCCAGAGGAGUCAAGCUCAAAGGGUGCCCCAAUGAGCCGAACUUCGGAUCUCUGUCCGCCCUGGUCUACCAGCACUCCAUCAUCCCCUUGGCUCUGCCCUGUAGGCUGGUCAUUCCAAACCGAGAUCCCACAGAUGAAUCCAAAGAUAGCUCAGGCCCCGCCAACUCCACCACUGACCUGCUGAAGCAAGGGGCAGCCUGCAACGUGCUCUUCAUCAACUCUGUGGACAUGGAGUCACUCACUGGGCCACAGGCCAUCUCCAAAGCCACUUCUGAGACACUGGCUGCUGACCCCACACCAACCGCCACUAUUGUUCACUUCAAAGUUUCUGCCCAGGGAAUUACACUGACUGACAACCAGAGAAAGCUCUUCUUCAGACGACACUACCCCCUCAACACUGUCACCUUCUGUGACCUGGAUCCACAGGAGAGAAAGUGGAUGAAGACGGACGGAGGUGCCCCUGCUAAGCUCUUCGGGUUCGUGGCCCGGAAGCAGGGCAGCACCACGGACAACGCCUGCCACCUCUUCGCUGAGCUUGACCCCAACCAGCCUGCCUCCGCCAUUGUCAACUUCGUCUCCAAGGUCAUGCUGAGCGCCGGCCAGAAGAGAUGAGCCCCGUCCCUGGCCCCGGGCCAGGGCCGUGGGGAUGGGGCACGUGGGGAGGGGACCCAUGAAUCCUGACCACCCUUGAAUCCAGAAGGAGGACUUUGGGCCAAUUUUGGAGAAGGAGAGAAGAAAGUGCGAUGUGGGGAGAGGGAAGUGAAAUGCAGAGGGGAGGGGGCGAGAGAGAGAGAGAGAAAGAAAGAGACGGAGGAGAAUAACUCGGAUUCCCCUGGGUAGAUGGACACUGUGAAACUCCCGAAGCCUCCAGACCAACCAGGUCCGCCCAGCUCCCCCUCUCCCUCUGGGAGGCCGAGCUCCUCCGAGGAGACAGACCCAGCCUCCUGGGGGUCCAUAUUUUGGGGGGAAAUGGAAAAGCUCUGUCCCCCUAACCUAACCGCUUUGCAAGAAGAAAUCAAGUUGAGUGAGUCUUUUUCUGGCCACCUCUAGGGUAGAUUGCCAAACCAAAAAGAGCCAGCAAGGGACAUCAGCUUUUGCUGUUGGAAGUGUCUCAUUCCCGAGGUCCCUGCGUGUCUCUGUUCUGCCUCCAGUGCAUAGUUCGUGUGGGUGUAUGUAUGCGGUAUAUGUAUGUCCGCACCACCUGCUCACACACUGAUUUGUGUCUGCCUCUCAGCCAGAAUUAGAAACAGAUAUACAUGUCCAGCUCUCAUGUGUUUGUGCACACACAUGCACACUGUCCAAAGAAGGUCAGAGUUGGGGUGAGAGGGCAGCAGAGAGGGACAUAAGCCCUCUUCCCCAGGAACACCCAAGAUUAUGGGUGACAGACUCUCUCUUGGUCCCUGCACCUGUGGCCCUGGGUGCCACCAGCCCCUUCUCUUCCGCAAAGACCCCAGUGGGGUCUGGCCACUCUGCAGCAUUACUCCUGUUCUGCCUUGACCCAGAGGCUGGAGCAUUGGUUCAAGGAGAUGGGGGCAGGCGUGUCCACAGCCUUGGGGAUGAGAACCAUCAGCAAGAGUGGCUCUUGAGCUCCGGGUGUCUUCCCCAAGUGUGUGGCCCUGCGGUGAGGUGGGCAGGUGGCUCCCGCCAGCUCCCAGCCCUCAGCGCCUCCUCGAGGUCUGGGCCCCGGCCGGCCUUAUCUCAGACUUGCUCAUCUGCAUAAUGCCUUUGGGGCUGCUGGGCAUCGAGCUGUCCUGCUCUGCCCUGCCCUGCCCUGUGCUGUCCUGUAGGCUCCCCAUGUCGGGACUUACCCUGGGGAGCCUGCUGGGUGAGGCCCAGGGGAGACGCCUCCCAUCCUUGUGCUCCCUCUGCAGGUGUUGUGGGUCUGACUUUUGCUGGGCUGCCCAGGGUGACAUCAGCAGAGUGCUGGGGGCUGCCACCUGUACCCCAUAUGGCUUGCCGACAAUACCAAAGCUUUGCUCUUCCCCCUUCUGCCUCAGUCUCCCCAGCAGAGCCGAGCUGCCCGUGGAGCAGAGGCCAAAGGGCUGAGUCCAUUUGGGCAGUUGCGAAACCCCAUUCCCGCCAGGCAAGGGUCUAAGCUGGCAGGGAAAAUUCACCCGGGCUCCAUUCUUGCAUAGCUUCUUAGGCCUGUGGGGGUCCCCUAGAGAGAGGCCUUGUACUGAUAUAUAAAUAUAUAUAAUAUAUAUGUGAGACAUACUGACAGAAUCUGUAAGCUAAUAAAAUAUAAGAAAAGGUUAAAAAAAGAAUAGGUAAAUUGACAAGAAGUAUUUAUUGUUUCCCAUAUUGCCUUAUUGCCUCCCUGGGCAGAAGCUGAUCCCCACUCCCUUUAUAUGUAUAAGUGAGGCCCGAAAUGUGGGGGCCUCUGUCCUUGGAGCAGCUGGGGGCUCCUCACCUGGGCCUCAGCCUGCCCUAGACUCUGGACCUCAGUGGGGAUGGUCCCCGUGGUCCCUCCCCUGGGGCCCCCUUAUUUCCUGGCAAGCCCAGCCUGGCUGUCAGCUCCCAGAGAUGAGAGGGGAGCCGCCCCCUCACCGUGGGUCCGAGGGAGCAGGUGAGCCUGUGGGCGACGUGCGUGACUGUGGCGGGCGUGGGUGACAUGUGCGACUUCUCUGUCUUUUCACCUCCAAGAAGCUGUAUCAGUGUGGGCAUCAGGGAGUUGGGAAGGAGAGUGUCUGAAGAAGGUGGGGAGCAGCCCCCCAUUCCCAAAGAUUGACACCUGUGCCUGGUGCCCAAGGUUAUCCAGAGUGCUCUUCCUUCCAAGGCAUUCAAGCCAGACACCCAUCUUCCCUCUCCUCACCCCACUCUCUUCCCAGACAGAAGGCGGUGCCCCCUGCUUCCUCUGUGAAUGUCUCAAUCUCCCACAGGAUGGCCCGGCCUCUCUCCUCCUGGUCUGGAUGCCCUCUCCACGCUUGAGGCCGGGCCGAGCCACAGACCUCCGGCAGCCAGACCCGGGGCCAGGUCUGGGGUCAGCCUUCCCACAUGCUUUCCCACCGCCCACCUGCAGCCCACCGCCCAGGCAUGGCCAGCCCACUGCACUCAGGCCUGAGCUGGGCGAGAGCCUGCGGGGAGGACCCAGGGGUGCUGGGAAGCCCAUCCACUCACUCCCCAGCAUCCUUCUGGAGGGAGUGGUUUCCCUGAAUUUGGCCUUUCCAAAGAACGAUGGGGCAGGGUGCCCCCGUCCCCACAGCGGCCCUGCCUUUGCGUCAGACACUGGUUGGGAAGACAGCGUAGCCCUCCCGGGUCUCGCAGGUUAGGUCUGUGCACGCAUGCACACGCGUGCGCACACACACACACCCCCCACAGCACUGCAGUAUAUUCUUGCCAAAGAUUUCCUUUAAAAGAAAGCACUUUUAAUAAUUAUUGUUAUUAUUGUAUAAAUGUUUAUCCUUUCUUCCCUCCCUCUACCUUUUUUGCUGUUGUUUGUUGUUGAAUCUGUCUGUCAGCCAGGAGAGUGCUGACUGGUCUUGAAAACAGGCGGGCAGGGAGUGUCUGGGAGAAGUUGGCGGGAAAGGGCAAGAGGUAGGGCGGGCUUGCGAUGCAGCGAUGCAGGCCCCGGGUAGGCUCAGGUCCCUGCCCCAGGCCAGCCUGCCUCUAGCUGUCCAGCUGGGCCUCUGGAUGGCAUCCGGAGGGACGGAGCUGGGAAGUGACAUCUCUCUGAUCAGCAGGGAGGGAAGCCCAGUGAGGUCUGUGUGGCUUUUCCCAGGAGGAACCAGCGGGGAGGACUGGGCUUGGGAACAAUGGAGAGGUGACCCCAGAGGGGAAAUGGGGAGGAAGUGAGCUGUUUGGAGUUGACUGGAAUGUCUCUGCCGUGCGGUCCUGUGUUCUGGCUCUUUUAUCUAGCCAGCCGUACGUCCCAUCUGAGUUUGGGAAAGGCCUUAGGACCCUGGUCCUCACUGGAGCAGCCUCUCCCACAGCAGCUCCAAAGGCUCGCGGGCUGCUAGGGUUCCUCUGCCUGGGUGUUGAGGAAUCCCUGGUAUGUCAGAGGCUGGCAGGAUAGGGGUGGUGGAGCCUGGUGGCCGUGUGACCGUGACAGGGAGCAGCGGCUGGACAAGGGCGAUCCUUCUAUAAAGGGGCUUCUAGGAGGGAGCCUUCUUCUCCCCCACCUGGUGGCCCGAGCAGAGACUGGACAGGCCCCUCAUGCCAUCUGGGGUGUGGAGGAGUCUGUAAGUGGAACAUCUGUGCCACGGACCUUUGUCCACCACUCCCACCUCCUUGGCCUCCUCCCCUUCUUCAGCUUUUCCCAGCUUCAGGACAUGCUUUAGGAGAUCAAGUGGGCCAAUGCCCCAUCUGGGGGCUCUUUCCCGUCCCUGCAUCUCCCCACACUCGGGGUCCUUGGACAGGUGGGAGGGCAGAUUCCUGGAGGCCCCGGAAUCCUGAGACUAGAGUCCCCUGGCCAGUGGUAACCCAGGAUGUGUGUGCGCGCGUGUGCAAGUGUGGAUGUGUGUGUGUGUGUAUCUGCUUGUCUCUUUAGGGAACUGAGGGGUUGGGUUGGAGGUGAUGGGCAACGCGAAGUCAAGUUCAGUAUCACCCAGCAGCAGAAGGAAUCAGGAGGCGAGGCCUGUAGGGCCCCCGAUUGGUGGAAUCUUGGUGAUGGCGAGGGUGGGGAUAGGGCACAUGGGGUGGGGCUCCUCUGACCUCAGGUGUCGGGAGUGUGAGAGCACCUCUGUUUCUUCCCCGUCCCGGGCUCUUCCCAGCAGCGAGGGGAUUGCAGAGGGACGUCCCAGGUUUGCCUCCCAGGCAGUGUUAAGCAGUUCGAGACUCUCCUGUGUGUCCAUGUUUGGUUUGUGUGUAAGAGAGAAAGCCCUUCGGUGUGUGCACGCUGCGUUUCUCUCCUCCCUCUGACGUGUCAUUCAAAACAAGUGUAAGGAAUUCCCUACCGCUCCCCACCCCGUCUCCCAGGCCCUCUGCAGGAGAAGCAGGCUCCCCCAGCAUCCUCCCUGCCCCCGGCUGUGUAUUUAUAUAGAUGGAAAUAUACUUUCUAUUUUGUAUCAUCAUGCCUAUAACCUCUGCCACCUUGUAUAAACCCUGGUGUAUGCUACUUAUCUUGGAUACGAAUGUAUUGUACACUGAGGCUGUGUCGCUCCUGUACAGCUGCUUUGUUUCUUUGCGAUCCAUUGUAUGGCUUUAUAAAUGAUAAAGUGAAAGAAAAAUC